AUGGCAGAGGGGCCCGAGGAAGAGGAGCUUGUGUGCGUGGUGGAGGAGCUGCAGCAGCAGCAGCAAGAGGACAAAAUCGAGCUCAAAGAGGCUGGACAAAGGGUCCAGCCCAUUCUGAGUCGGAGCACUGUGGCAUCUAUUGUCAGGCUUUUUCGGAAUGAGAACAGAAUCCACACAUUACCACACACUGGUGGCAGAGGAAGGAUAUUUGAUAUUGAACAGGAGUCUGCCAUUGUAGAUAUGGUAGUGGCAAACAAAGCAAUCAGACUGCGUGAAAUCCAGGCAGCAGUAAUUGCAGAUCAGGGAGCGUUUAGAAAUAUAAACAGUGUGAGUUUGGCAACUAUAGAUCGAGUCCUUAAACGAAACCAUGUCAGAAUGAAGGAGCUGUACAGAGUUCCAUUUGAAGGAAACUCUGACAUCGUAAAGGAGGCACGAUUCCAGUAUGUGCAGAGAAUAAUGGAGUUUGAAGCUGAAGGGGCACAUCACAAAUACAUUUUUGUGGAUGAAGCCGGCUUCAACCUCUGUAAAGUGAGACGACGCGGGAGGAACAUCAUUGGGGAGAGGGCCACUGUCACAGUGCCAGGUCAGAGGGGUGCCAAUAUCACCAUGUGUGCUGCCAUCUCCAAUGAUGGGGUCCUUUGCCACAUGCCAACUAUUGGCCCAUACAAUACAGAACGCCUCAUCACAUUUCUUGAUGCAUUGAAAGACAUAUUGAUUCCACCCGAAGAGAGAGGGCUGUUGAGGCCUGGCAUGAGUCUGUAUGUCAUAAUUUGGGACAAUGUUGCUUUCCACCACUCUCGCCUUGUGAAUGAAUGGUUUGCAGCACAGCCUCGUAUCAUGAUGCAAUUCCUCCCUGCAUACUCGCCUUUUCUGAACCCAAUCGAGGAGUUCUUCUCUGCUUGGAGGUGGAAGGUGUAUGAUCACCGGCCAUAUGAGCAGAUGCCCCUCCUGGAGGCAAAGAAUGCUGGUUGCCUGGCAGUGGGUGCAGAGGACUGCCAGGGAUGGAUAUGCCACGCAAGGAGGUAUUUCCCUCGGUGCAUUGCAAGGGAAAACAUUCAAUGCGAUGUUGAUGAGAACCUGUGGCAUAAUCGUCAAGAACGAAUGGACUAA